AGUUCCUCCACACACUACGACCCCUAAUUCUUUCUUACGUUUCUAAAUCAGUGCAUUAUGUUACCUGCCAAGCAACAAUCACACAUCAUAGUAUUCUGUUUGUUUCAUAGGAGUAGCGAUUUUUUUCAACCGUAAGUCUGUCUCCAUUACCAUACAAAAAAAAAUCCUGGUAAAAUCACUGGUUUACAUCGAGGCUCGGCGACUAGAGGGGAAAGUGACGUCAGGGGGCGAUGCCGUCACCAGCUGGCGGGCCAAGAAGCGGCAGCAAGACGAUGUCCGUGACGCACGCCCGCCGCUUUAGGGCACCGCGCCACGCCCCCAGGGGAACAUAAUGAGUGUCUGCGGCCUCGGCGGAGUUGAAGGCUAUUAAUGUCACCGAGGAUGAUUUCCCAGAAUAGGGAUUACGUUAAGUAGUAAUACGUGUUGUGAAUCUUGAGUCAGAGCUCACGAGUAUAUAAUUUAAUUGCUGUGUCUUAGUAAUUAUUUGUAAGUGGAUAGUCAGUGUACAGUUUUACGAUGAUUUAGUGGUGGCUGGGUGGCACGGGCGCAUGUUCCUUACGUAUGAGACACAAGUGAACGGAGGAGGGUAACUGAAGCGCGAACCGUUCUAAAUUGUUGGAAUACUAAACUAAACCGAGAGUGGAGAGUCAGGCAAAAUCUGUAAUGACGCCGCAGACGCACGCAGUCAGCGGGCAAGAAACGGCCGUAAACAGAGUUGUACGUCAUGUAGGGACACGCCACACGUAGCAGCCGGGAACUAUGCCUGCUGACGCUGACCUUCGUGGCUGCACCAGCAAACAAAAGCUUAACCAAUAUUUUUGUUUUCUUGUGCUCUUUGGAAUCCACGCUUUCUAUGCUUCUUUUCCAUUGUCUUGAGUCACAUAGUUUCCGAAACUUUAUAUUAUAGCUUCCCGUUGUAGCGGGUGCGACUUGAUGGGUUUUGUUCCCAGGUUCUCAAUUAUUGCCGCUGCGGCUCCUGUUUUCUCAAGGCUCCGUUGCCUUGCACUCCCGUAUGGAACUAAGUGGUCAGGGGCUGCCUGGCAGACAAACACCUGCUAUUAUACUAGUACAUUUAGUUACCAUAGAUCUGCGAGGGAUGAAAAAAAUAUGCACACUAUUUUUCUUCACUUGGCAAUAUAGAUACAGAUAGAUAGAUAGAUAGAUAGAGAUGUUUAUAAAUGUGUAGGGGGCAAGGUUAAGUGGACAUUUUCUGCUGUACACGAAAAGAAAUUUCUAUUGUAUUCCCCCUCGUUCUCGUGAUCAGAACACUUGACCUUGUACGAAGGAGUGGUGGUGGGGGUAAACGCAUCGCUGGUGAGUCGGUGAUGGCAUGCGAGGCAGCUAGUGCCGGUUAGCGAGGCCGGACGGAAAGCAGCAGCAUGUCCGGCAGGCCACGCCGCAGUGCCUCCUCGGAUGGGGGUCUGGACGCUGCCCCGACCUACAUCAUCCUGUCUGACCGGGAAGGAUCCAGAAAAAUGGGCAGCAGGGAGGAAGUCCGCAUCGUUCAGGUGAACCACAGCAAGAGAAAUGAGCUGCGACGUCAAAGCUCUGGAGAGUCGGCGCCCGCGCAGGCCAGAGAAAUGGAAGAAAAAGUGAGGCGAAGCAAAGAAGGCGGCCAUAUGAGAGACUUUGCAUCCUCAAGGCGGGUAGACGAACCUCAGCCCCUUGAAGAGAGACGCUCGAGGGAGAAUGGAGAGGUGAGGAGGAGCCGUGAGGGGAAGGAGAGUCGCCGCACGAAGGACAGGUCAAGCAGCAAGAGGGACAAGGAGAAGAGGAGGAGCUACCCUGGCGAGGAGAAGAGUGGCACCCGCAGGGCUCGCACGCCUCGCAGGUCCAGAAAGCUGUCCCCGGUGCGGCCCUCCUCCACCAUCCCGUGGGACAACAACGACAACAUUAUUUACAUCACCGACGACCCCUCGCCAAUAAAUGGCGGGCAGGACGAGUGGGAGACGGAAGACAUCAUCCUGGAGAGGGGCAACCAGGGGCUCGGCUUCAGCAUCGCCGGCGGCACAGACAAUCCUCACAUCGGGUCAGACACAUCUAUCUACAUCACUAAGCUGAUAGCUGGUGGUGCAGCGGCCACAGAUGGUCGUCUUCAGAUAACAGAUGUCAUAGUGUCAGUGAAUGACGUGAGUGUGGUCAACGUGCCUCAUGCGACGGCAGUGGACGCACUCAAACGGGCCGGCAACACUGUUCACUUGUGUGUGAAGCGCCGCAAACGACCCCCCAAUGUUCUCCUCAUGGAAGUGGAAUUAAUCAAAGGAAACAAAGGCCUUGGAUUCAGCAUUGCUGGUGGUAUUGGUAAUCAACACAUUCCUGGUGACAAUGGCAUCUACAUCACCAAGAUCAUGGAGGGGGGAGCAGCACACGUGGAUGGCCGUGUCUGUGUGGGAGACAAGCUCAUCGCUGUGAGAGACACGCCUACUGGUGAUGUAAACCUAGAGAAUGUCACCCACGAAGAUGCAGUUGCCUGCCUCAAGUCCACCAGUGACCGUGUGGUCUUGGUGUUGGGUAAGGUGGUCACCUCCCAGACCAAUGCCACCCCAGAAGUGUCACCCCUUCCCUCACAGCCCACUCACCAGCCCGACCACUCACUUCCUCCCUCCACGCCGCCCCCAGCCCCCCACGACACCAGCCUCAAUGACGCUCGCUCCACGCCUGACGACCUCAUAUCCAGAGAACCUCGCAGAGUCUCAUUAUCCAAGGGUACAACAGGACUUGGCUUCAAUAUCGUCGGUGGAGAAGAUGGUGAAGGAAUAUUCAUUUCAUUUAUUUUAGCCGGAGGGCCAGCCGACUUGUCUGGAGAGCUGAGGCGUGGCGACCAGAUUAUCAAUGUUAAUGGCACUGACUUGCGAACUGCUACCCAUGAACAGGCAGCGCAAUCUCUCAAGGGAUGUGGGCAGACGGUGAAUUUGACGGUGCAAUACAAACCUGAUGAGUACAAUCGCUUUGAGGCCAAAAUCCAUGAUCUUAAGCAACAGAUGAUGUCUGGCACGCUCAGAACUACACAAAAGCGAAGUCUCUACGUCAGAGCCUUAUUUGACUAUGAUCCCAAUCGGGAUGAUGGGUUGCCCUCCCGUGGCCUUGCCUUCAACUAUGGAGAGAUCCUUCAUGUCACUAAUGCCUCAGAUGACCAGUGGUGGCAGGCACGACGGGUCUUGCCCACUGGAGAGGAAGAAGGAACUACUGGAAUCAUUCCCAGUAAAGCACGAUGGGAGAAGAAGCAAAAAGCAAGAUUGCGUUCUGUGGCUUUCCAGGGGAAGAACAACAGUGAUGCAAGGCAAUCAACAUUGGAAAGAAAGAAAAAGACUUUGUCAUUUAGUCGAAAAUUCCCAUUCCUAAACAAGAGUAAAGAUGAUAAGUCGGAGGACGGGUCCGACAAUGAACUUGAUGAGGACUUUGAAGCCUCCAUAGCUACAAAUGACGGAGAAAGCGAUAGCCGAAGCAUGAGAGGAGAUGACUACAUCAUCCUAAGCUAUGAAGGAGUGCAACAAAUUGAGAUCUCAUACACUCGACCUGUGGUGCUCCUAGGACCCCUCAAAGACAGGAUUAACGACGACCUCAUAUCAGAAUUCCCAGAAAAAUUUGGCAGCUGCGUCCCUCAUACUACUCGACCACGAAGAGAAUAUGAAGUUGAUGGGCGAGAUUACCAUUUUGUGGCCUCAAGAGAACAAAUGGAAAGAGACAUCCAAAAUCAUUUAUUCAUUGAGGCUGGCCAAUAUAAUGACAACCUCUAUGGAACAUCUGUUGCAUCUGUAAAAGAAGUUGCUGAAAAGGGAAAGCACUGCAUACUUGACGUCAGUGGAAAUGCAAUCAAGAGACUUCAAGUUGCACAGUUAUAUCCCAUUGCAAUUUUUAUCAAGCCUAGAUCUGCUGAACAAAUAAUGGAGUGGAAUAAAAGAAUGACGGAGGAACAAGCACGGAAAACAUAUGAGCGUGCAUUAAAAGUUGAAGGAGAUUUUGGAGAGUAUUUUACUUCAAUUGUUGCUGGGGACACUCCAGAGGAGGUGUACGCUCGGGUCAAGGAUCUGAUCCACCACCAUUCUGGACCUAAGAUUUGGGUGACCUGCAAAGAAAAGUUAUAAGGUUAGGCGACUCCCCUUGUGGGGUCAAAUGGAGCAUCUAGCACCUAGACAUUUUGUUGCAUGAAAGAAAUACUCUAUCUUAAUGAGAGAACCUGUUUCUACUAUAUGCUUGGAAACAUUAUAUUGACACAGCCUUUAAUCUUUAAAUCCAGAUAGCUUAUGUCUGUUACAGAUAAGCUGAGGAUCCUAGAGUGCAGUAAAACUCGUUAUGUGAUGACUCAGGUGUGUCUUGGGACUCGUUGAAUACAGUUGCUUUGUAUGAUUUUGUAGUCAUCCGUUGUAUCUGAAAAUGAUGGAUCCUGUUAAAAAUGAAAUUUUUAAUUGUA